CAUCCGGUCCGUUGCCGCUGUACUGCCCCUCCUCAGCCGGCCGUGCUGUGCAGCCGGAAGGGGCGGUGCGGCGACAGCGGCAAUACCGGCUCUGGCGGCAGCUGGCCGUUGCGGCGGUGCCAGGAGGGAGGCUCCGCUGCGGAGCGGAGAUGGCUGAUGAGACGCUCUUCCUGCUGCUGCACAGUGAGAUGGUGGCGGGGCUGUACCGCGCCGCCGAGCAGGGUGAAGGGGAGAACGGCCGCUGCACUACUAAGCUAGAGAGCAUGGGCUUCCGUGUCGGGCAGGGGCUAAUCGAGAGGUUUACAAAAGAUACUGCCAGGUUCAAGGAUGAACUAGAUAUUAUGAAGUUCAUUUGCAAAGAUUUUUGGACAACUGUAUUCAGAAAACAAAUAGAUAACCUAAGGACUAAUCAUCAGGGUAUUUAUGUCCUUCAGGACAAUAAAUUUCGUCUUCUGACACAAAUGUCUGCAGGAAAGCAGUAUUUAGAACAUGCACCAAAGUAUUUAGCAUUUACCUGUGGACUAAUCAGAGGAGGCCUAUCAAAUUUGGGAAUAAAGAGUAUUGUAACAGCUGAAGUUUCAUCAAUGCCUGCAUGUAAAUUUCAGGUGAUGAUACAGAAGAUGUAGAGCACAUUCAAAUCUGGGUGUCUACAUUAAAAAUCCUUUGUGUGUGGAUUCUGUAUCUUGGUUCAGCCUUGUAUGUAGCUUGUAAAUUAUAGCAGUGUGCAGCACAAUUCCAAAAUAUAUAAUAAACGUUCAACAAAUUAACUUAACACUA